UUUUAGUACAGGUGGAAGAAGGUAUUUGGUUGGUAUGCAGCUAUGGUUAGGGUUUUAGCAAAACCCUAACAAGACCCAAACCCUCUCCUGCGCACCCACUCUUCCUCUGGCUAGUUCUUGCUCUUCGAUCUUGGGGAGCCUCCUAACACUUCGGAUGAUCCAACCACUUGAUUCUGCCUACUUCCCUGCUUCAAUCCGGAAAUGAGGCCUAUAGUUUUCAGGAUCUCCUUCCUCGCUACCGCAAACCUGCGGCAGCAGCUGAAGAAUUCGCCUGGUUUAGCGUUUUCGACGGUGCAACAUCCGAAUCAAGUAUCCAACUAUCACAAUCGGCGUCAGGAGGAGGAGGGGCGCAGCGUGCGGGUGUCCGUGUGGUGGGAUUUCGAGAACUGUAGCUUGCCGGUAAACACUAACGUGUUCAAAGUGACACAGGGUAUCACUAACGCCGUCAGGGCGAAUGGGAUUAAAGGUCCAAUUCAGGUUACGGCUUUUGGAGAUGUAAUGCAGAUUUCGAGGAUCAAUCAGGAAGCACUUUCGGCUACUGGAAUCAAUCUCUGCCAUGUUCCUUCUGGUGGCAAGAAUAGUGCGGAUAGAUCUCUUCUUGUGGAUCUUAUGUACUGGGUUUCCCAAAAUCCUCCGCCAGCACAUAUCUUUUUAAUAUCUGGGGACAGGGAUUUUGCAGGCAUUUUACACAAGUUGAGGAUGAGCAAUUACAAUAUCUUACUGGCUAGCCCGGACAGUGCUCCUAAUGUGCUAAUUAGUGCAGCUACUAUCAUGUGGCACUGGAGUUCCUUACUCAAGGGAGAAAACAUUACCGGGAGGUUCUUCAACCAGCCACCGGAUGGCCCUUACAAUUCUUGGUAUGGCCAAUACAGGACUCCUAUUGAGGAUCCAUUUGCAGUAGUGGAGCAUCAAACCUCUUGUUUACCGGCUGAGGAAUUGGUUGAGUCUAAGGUUCGUCCAAUUCCAAAGUCUGUUAUGAAGCAGAUUCGUCAUAUUCUUAACUCAUAUCCAGAUGGAAUUGCUAUAUCUCAGCUUGGCACUGAACUAAAUAAGUGUAAUUUGACAAUAGACAAAGACUUUUAUGGGUAUAGAAAGUUGUCUCGUUUCCUGUCAGCAAUGCCACAUGUUGUAAAGCUUAUUCAUUUGGGCAAAGAUCAGUACAUUGUGAAAGGAACCAAUUCUAGAUACGCUGAUGAACCAAUUCCAACUUCAUCUAUCCGAGAACUGGAAGGUGGCAAGUUUUCAAAAGUGGACAGUGAGAUAAGCUCCGGUGAUGAUAUAUCCAAGAAAAAUACUGCAUCUCAAAUUCCUGAAUUGAAGGUGAAUGCUGAGAUGUUGGGGCAGCACGACACUUCUACAUCAAUCAACACUCCAAUUGUAAAAGUGAAAAAUCACUCAAAAAGUUCUCAAGAUCCUAAGAGGGAAGAAGAGUUGAAAGAGUCUCCUAGAAAAAGAAGCAUACAAGAGAUACAGGAACAAGAUAGAAAUAUAAAAUUGCAAGAAAAACCAAAGAAAUUUAAGGCAGCUUCUACUGCCAUUGAAAGUAAAGACAUAUCCCAAAAUGAUGAAAAGCAAGGGGUUGGUCCUGAUGAAGUUUCUCAUUCUGAAUCUGGGAUCUUCAGAAGGUUAUGGACAAAGUGGUUUGCAAGUGUCGAUAUGAAUGAUAAGGAGAAAAACCUUAACAAAUGUGAGGAAAUGAAGGGAGCAAAGGAUAAUAUUGGGAAGAAAACUGUGGUACCAUGCAAAUCUUUUCAGUACAUGUACCCAGCUCUAUUUUCACCUUCUAGUCACGAGGCUUUGAUUGAUGAUAGGAUUCCUAGGGAUGAUGGUACUGUCCCAAAUGUUCCUGCUCAAGGUUCUGGUUUUCUAAAUAAGAAAAUAACCUGGCUUAAGUACUGGAAUUCCCUGGAAUUUGACAAUAAAGUAGAUAAAAACGGUGAAGUGAUGGAUCAGGUGAAAGUUAGUUCUAAGCAGCUUGAAUUAUUUUCAAAAGCAUCAUUUUGGAAAGAACUGGAAUCAUUCCUUGAUACAACCCAAGGUGCAGCUGUUUUUUCCCAAUCAAGAACCAGGGAGAAUCUUGUGCAAAAUUUACAGAAACAGGGACCUUUGAUGCUCAAAUCUCUUCCUGAAAGUGAUUUGCUGCACCUAAUUGACUUGCUGAUCUCUGACAAGAAAUGGGUGGAAGAAUGCUGCUCUGAAGCAUUUCCUUUCAGACUCGUUCGACUCACUGAAAAAGAUCAAAUCAAUAAUCCUCCUGCAGUUUCGAAUGGGUUGAGCCUUAUCUUCGAAGACAGGGAACCAAAUCUGCAGCAACUUGGAAACAGAAAGCAUCAAAAUCCUCCUCAUACUGGAGUUACACAAAAUGUGGUGGCCCACAGGGGUUCCUCAAGCAAGUCCAGAAAUCAAUUGUUGGCUGACUGUCAGAAACUUGUGGAUCAUAUUCUAAAGGAAUAUCCAGAUGGAUUCAACACGGGGCUCUUUGGGAAAUUGUUCGUGGAAAAAUUUGGGUAUGCUCUUGAUCUACAGAAGCAUGGAUAUGAAAAGUUACAGGAUCUUUUACGGACGAUACCUGGGGUGGAACUAAAGUCUAACUUACUUUUUCCUGCUGGAGCAUUCAAGAAUCUGGAAACGGAUCUUUCAGAGCAAGAAAGUAAGAUUGCACCAACGGGUGAGUCAUGUGAUGAGUCCUUUGUUUCACCUAACAAUGAUGAUGACAGUGACUCUUCUUGGGAUGAACUCGGUCCUCUUGAUAACUCGGGGCUGGGGUUAACAGGAAAAACCCAGAAAAGAGAAACUGAGCACAAGGUUCCUGAUUAUGAGCCUCUAAAUGUGGACAACUUCUCUGAUUCAGAAGAGGAGAAAUUCUCCCUAUCAGAAAGUGAAGUGAAGUCAAAACAGGAAGAGGAGCGAAGCUCUUUGCUGCAGAUUCUUGAUUCAUGGUAUGGAGAUGAGAAGGGAGACAACAGAAUGAAGGACCAACCAGUGGAUAGCAAGAAACUUAUCGAUAUUGCAGAUAGCAGCUGGUUGCAAUCCAAACCGAGUGGCCCCAAAGCCAAGACUCCAUCCGUGGCUACAAGCCACUUAAAGAGGUGUAAACCUUCAAAGAUGUACUCAUUUGUUGCUGAACAGCCUUUUGAUAACAAUGACAAAUUAGUUGAUGGCAUGCUCAGUAGCUUAAAGAAGUCUAGUGCGGGUUCGCCUGACUCCAGUGUUGUAGGCUGAUGUUAUGCGCGACUGAAAAACCUGUGGUAUGGAGGUGACGGGUGGUUUCUUUUAUCUUGGAUGGUUGGCACUAGUUCGAGCAGAAUGGCUUUCGUUGAUAUCUGACUGGCUGAAGAGGGGAUAGAUUCUCAAGCACAGCACAACAGACCACAGUAGAUAUCAGGUUUCCACUGUUUUAGUUCAAGCUUUAUGUUGUUAUGCCUUGAGAAAGAGGGGUUUAUAUCAUUCAUACACACUCUGCUACCCCUAUAAUAGAUUAGGUUAGAGGAAAUGAUCAAUGCUGAUAGAUAGAUAGAUAUAUAUGAGAAAUGCCAUCGAUCCCCUUCCUUCCCUUACCCUCAAAAUGAAGUGGCCGGCCUUUGUUUGUGUGAUCGGAGCAAAUCUGAAUUGAGUUCACCAGCUCUUCCUUCCUUUGCCUUUCUCUAUUCUCACUCUCAUUUUCGGUCAUUUCUUUAGUUUGUUUUGUACAGCUACAUUACAUAACAUAACAUAGAUAAUCAAUUAAUUGUUCACCAUUUAAUAAGAUA